AUGGGCCCUGGUGGAAAGUCCCACUACUGCUCACGACACCGCCCCCUGGUGGAAAGUCCCACUACUGCUCACGACACCGCCCCCUGGUGGAAAGUCCCACUACUGCUCACGACACCGCCCCCUGGUGGAAAGUCCCACUACUGCUCACGACACUGCCCCCUGGUGGAAAGUCCCACUACUGCUCACGACACCGCCCCCUGGUGGAAAGUCCCACUACUGCUCACGACACCGCCCCCUGGUGGAAAGUCCCACUACUGCUCACGAAAUCCGCCCCCUGGUGGAAAGUCCCACUACUGCUCACGACACCGCCCCCUGGUGGAAAGUCCCACUACUGCUCACGACACCGCCCCCUGGUGGAAAGUCCCACUACUGCUCACGACACCGCCCCCUGGUGGAAAGUCCCACUACUGCUCACGACACCGCCCCCUGGUGGAAAGUCCCACUACUGCUCACGACACCGCCCCCUGGUGGAAAGUCCCACUACUGCUCACGACACCGCCCCCUGGUGGCGCACCUGCAAAUGUGACAGUCACUUCUAAACAAACAAAAACACAUUACUACACUGAUAAAGGAGCUACUUUUAAGUUCAAAUAA